GGUGUAUUCAGGCAUUUAACUGCUACUGCUGUUUUCGAUUAUUUAUUUCAAGACUAGCGUCAUUGAAUGCAUUUUGGUGAAAUUUGUCACGAUGGUCUUCCUUGUUCUUCAACUGUUUCUUCUACAUUCAUCAAAUGCUCAACCGUACAAGUGUAGGUCUGAGUACAAUUCAUCGGAACACCGAAGACAUUCCGGUGUUCCUCUAGAUUGCAAUGUAGAAAGUUUAGGUUGUCAACCAUCAUGGAAGUCUGGGAUACCCGAAGGAAGUGAAGCAUCUCAACCAACGAUUUACACGAAAUUUCUGUCUUGUCAAGAACGAUUCUCUCUUUGCGGUUAUGUCUACGUUGAUUAUGAAACUGGAAAUGCAAAAGAUGGCGUUCAUAUUGCUGCAGGGGUCGAUUUGGGGAAUUUGUCGAACUCAUCACUUUCUUCUUUUUCCACAAUGCUUCGCAGUAAACUUCAACCGUAUCUUGGCUUAAAAGGUAAUUUAGCAGCCUGUGCUGUUCUUGAAAUGCCGCUAAAUAUCACCCAAGCUGAAGCAAAAUCCCUUACAGACCUCUUAGUUAACGAGACGAUUUAUAAUAUUUCAAAAAGAUACGAUGAAGAAAAAAGUAACACAUCUUUGGUAUUUUUCUCCCUUCCUCGCGGUAUUCGUACGACCAUUGUUAGUGUUUCGUAUCAACUUGGUUCUCCCGAGGCGUUCAUCAAUCUUUGGCAAUUUGUGACGAAAAACGAUUGGGAUAAUGUGGUUAAGAAUUUGAGGAAUUUUUACUCGAAUCCUAAUGAGCAAUCGCGACGAGAUUUAGUAAGACGCAAUAACGAAGCUGAUAUUAUAGAAGCAACUCUCUCAAAAUGUAACAGUUCUAUUGAUCUUGUCUUUCUUCUGGAUGAGUCUGGUAGUGUGGGAACGUUGAAUUUUCAAAAAAGUUUGAAUUUUGUUUUAAACAUUAUUAAAUCGUUUCCAGAUGAAAUAUUGAGCGGAGAGGGCGGUACAAGGUUUGGUCUAUCAACUUUUUCAACACCACCGUAUAUUUCACAUUUUCAUUUGAACGAUUACACUACCCAAUCAGAAUAUAGCACGGCAAUAGAGUCCGUUAAGUACAAUAGCGGAUGGACUUACCUUGGUGACGCACUUCAGAACAUUUUAACAAAUCAAUUCACAGAAGAUCGAGGACUCCGUCCUGCUGUAAAAGGUGUACCACGAAUACUCAUCAUUUUAACGGAUGGAAUAUCAGAUGAUAGCGUCUCAAUUCCAGCUAAAAAUGUACGAGAUAGUGAAAUCUCAAUUUAUGCUGUCGGAGUUGAUGGAUAUAAUCUUAAUCAACUGAUGGAGAUAGCUUCAUCAGACAAACACAUCUUUACACUUGACACAUUCAUCAAACUUAACGCUUUUAUUUCUACGAUCACUUCUUCAACAUGCUACGAGCCUCGUGUAGCAGCAAAAAACGAGACAAUUACGACAAAUGUUAAAAAAGACACAUUUAAGUACUUUGAUUACAAAGUCAAGCCGGAUUUUAACUUUCGGAUAAACGUCCAGGAUCUUAUUGGCAAUACCAUAGUCUAUGCAUCUCGUACUACACCUCAUCCCUAUGAAUAUAAUCACGAUUAUAAGUUUAAUUUAGCCUCACAACCGAGCAAAAUUCUAGUUAUUCCAGCGACGGCACCACAAAAGUUGGUCAAACGAUCUGCAGACGAUGAUCUCCGAACAAUUUACGUAUCGAUAACGUCUGCUUCUGAUAUAGCAGAGUUCUCAAUUCAGGCGAACGAGUGUGACCCAUCGAAUUGUAGUGAAGGAACAAACGAAAUACAGAUAACAACAUCUCAAAUUCCCACGGCUGAAGUUUCGUCAGUACGUAUAACAGUGUACAAUUUAUAUGUACAUUUCUUUUUACUUCAGAAAAUGUGCAGGGGCUUUUUUGAGCGCCACUGUUUAUCACUGUACACAUAUUCUUUUCUUUGUUCCACAAUUGGUUCAUAUUUAACUAUGAUUAAUUACAUCUAUUGUCCAGUACGUCAUCUUGGCAAUGAUGAAGUGUGGAUCGUCUGGUCUGAGCAUUUCAGAGAUUUUCGUCAUGGGAUUGUGAACGCGGAAUUUGGAGAUGUAGUGAUCAUCAUUUAUCCACUUAAGAACCAUCUUUUUAGAAUCCAGAUUUUAAAGAAAGGAAACAUUCCCUUCUUUGGACCAUUGUUCGACGGAGCCAUCGUGAAUCGUCGUAUACUGCCGUCAUUGAUUAGAAUGACUGCUGUGAAUGCUAGUCGUGCAAAGCGAUCCCUUAUUCCUGGCAUGCAAACCUACUAUGAAGAACGAGCAAGUUGUAUCACUAAUGUAGUGAACCAUCACAAGGAAACUACGGUUUUUGAAGACUUUGCCGAACAGAUCUUCUGCCCUGUUCAAAAAAAGACCGACGAUAGUAACAUAAAGUGUCAGGUAUCGUCUGGAGACAAACCAACUGCUAAACGCGAAGGCUACAGUACGUUGCCUUCGGCAAAAGCUAUCGCAAAAUCCAAAGUUGCAGCAGACAAAGAAGCGAUAUCUUCGACGGUAUCAUUACCUGAUGGACUUCACAAAGUUGUACAGACGGACGCACUUCUUCCUGCUCCAAAAUUGGGCGUCAAAAAAUUGUCGUUUAGACGCAAACAAACCAAGGAUGAAAAUGGGGAGAUUAUUCAUUUUGAGACUAGCGUCAUUGAAUGCAUUUUGGUGAAAUUUGUCACGAUGUUCUUCCUUGUUCUUCAACUGUUUCUUCUACAUUCAUCAAAUGCUCAACCGUACAAGUGUAGGUCUGAGUACAAUUCAUCGGAAUACCGAAGACAUUCCGGUGUUCCUCUAGAUUGCAAUGUAGAAAGUUUAGGUUGUCAACCAUCAUGGAAGUCUGGGAUACCAGAAGGAAGUGAAGCAUCUCAACCAACGAUUUACACGAAAUUUCUGUCUUGUCAAGAACGAUUCUCUCUUUGCGGUUAUGUCUACGUUGAUUAUAAAACUGGAAAUGCAAAAGAUGGCGUUCAUAUCGCUGCAGGGGUCGAUUUGGGGAAUUUGUCGAACUCAUCACUUUCUUCUUUGUCCACAAUGCUUCGCAGAAAACUUCAACCGUAUCUUGGCUUAAAAGGUGGUUUAGCAGCCUGUGCUGUUCUUGAAAUGCCGCUAAAUAUCACCCAAGCUGAAGCAAAAUCCCUUACGGAUCUCCUAGUUAACGAGACGAUUUAUAACAUUUCGAAAAGAUACGAUGCAGAAAAAAGUAACAGGUCUUUGGUAUUUUCCUCCCUUCCUCGCGGUAUUCGUACGGCCAUUGUUAGUGUUUCGUAUCAGCUUGGUUCUCCCGAGGCGUUCAUCAAUCUUUGGCAUUUUGUGACGAUAAACGACUGGGAUAAUGUGGUUAAGAAUUUGAGGAAUUUUUACUCGAAUCCUAAUGAGCAAUCGCGACGAGAUUUAGUAAGACGCAAUAACGAAGCUGAUAUUAUAGAAGCAUCUCUCUCAAAAUGUAACAGCUCUGUUGAUCUUGUCUUUCUUUUGGAUGAGUCUGGUAGUGUGGGACCGUUGAAUUUUCAAAAAAGUUUGGAUUUUGUUUUAAACAUUACUAAAUCGUUUCCCGAUGAAAGAUUAAGAGGAGAUGAAGGUACAAGAUUCGGACUAUCGACGUUUGACACCUCUUAUACUUCAAUUUUUCAUUUAAAUAACUACACUACACAAUCGGAGUAUGCAAUGGCAAUAAAGUCCGUCAGGUACAAUGGAGGAGGUACAAAUCUUGGAAAUGCACUUCAGCGUAUUUUAACAGAUCAAUUCACGGAAGAUCGAGGACUCCGCCCUGCUGUAAGAGGUGUACCAAGAAUACUCAUCGUUUUAACGGAUGGACGAUCAUUUGACAGCGUCUCAAUUCCAGCUAAAAAUGUACGAGAUAGUGAAAUCUCAAUUUAUGCUGUCGGAGUUGCUAGAUAUGAUCUUAAUCAACUGACGGAGAUAGCUUCAUCAGACAAACACAUCUUUACACUUGACACGUUCACCAAACUUAACGCUUUUAUUUCUACAAUCACUUCUUCAACAUGCUACGAGCCUCGUGCAGCAGCAAAAAACGAGACAAUUAUGACAAAUGUCAAAAAAGACUCAUACAAGUACUUUGAUUACAAAGUGAAGCCGGAUUUUAACCUUCGGAUAAACGUCCAGGAUCUUAUUGGCAAUACCAUAGUUUAUGCAUCUCGUACUACACCUCAUCCCUUUGAAUAUAAUUACGAUUAUAAGUUUAAUUUAGCCUCACAACCUAACAAAAUUAUAGUUAUUCCCGCGACGGCACCACGAACGUUGGUCAAACGAUCUGCAGACGAUGAUCUCCGAACAAUUUACGUAUCGAUAACGUCUGCUUCUGAUACAGCAGAGUUCUCAAUUCAGGCGAACGAGUGUGACCCAUCGAAUUGUAGUGAAGGAACAAACGAAAUACAGAUAACAACAUCUCAAAUUCCCACGACUGAAUUUUCGCCAGUACGUACAACAAUGCUUCCUUAUCCCACUACUUCAGCAAAGACUACCACGAAGUUGGCGCUGAUUAACAGUACACUGUCUCCCUCUACUUCCACUACUUCAGCCAUAACUACCACAAAGUUGGCCCUGAUUGACAACAUAGUGUCUCCCUCUACUUCCCCUACUUCAGCCAUAACUACCACAAAGUUGGCCCUGAUUGACAACAUAGUGUCUCCCUCUACUUCCACUACUUCAGCCAUAACUACCACAAAGUUGGCACUGAUUGACAACAUAGUGUCUCCCUCUACUUCCACUACUUCAGCCAUGACUACCACGAAGUUGGCACCGACUGACAGCACACAGUCUCCCACUACCACUUCCAGUGCUUCAACCAUUCGCACAACUUAUGUCAUCAAGGUCAUGGUGCCAUUUUUUCUGUCUUCACUAUUGAUUGCUGUGCAGUACCUGUGUUUAUCAAGCCAGUGAACAUCUUUGUACUGAUUAUCGCAUACUUUAUCGCAUGUAUUAAUCCAAUUAGUAGUUGUUAAUGAAUAAGUUUUGGUAUAAUUGUAGUUCACAUUAUAGUUCGUCACAUAACUUCAUUAUAGCACUUUAUAUGUACAUUUUUUUUACUUCAGAAAAUGUGCAGGGGCUUUUUUGGGCGCCACUGUUUAUCACAGUACAUAUAUUCUUUUCUUUGCACCACAAUAAUUCAUAUUGAACUAUGAUUAAUUACAUCUAUUGUCCAUCAAAACGUAUAACUUUAUAUCAUUUAUGUGACAAUCGUGUUAUUUUUUUAUGUGCGUAACAUGUACUUUUUAUGAUUAUAUAUGUAAUUUUGCCGAGAA